AUGUAUGAUCUCGAACUUGUUGAUAACACUUCUCCAUUCGAUAACAUGAUGGAUUUGUACUUGCGGCUUGGUAAACCCGAAAAGGUAUUCCCGUUGGUUGUUGCAAUGAAACAGAGGAAUAUCUUCCCUUACUCGCUAUGGAUGCAGAGCUGUGGAAGUUUAAAUGAUUUAGAUGGAGCAGAGAAGAUUCUAGAUGAAAUGAACACCGACCGUGAAGAUAGAUCCUCGUGGGAUGCGUUUGCUAAUCUAGAGCCGGUCUUUACGGUAAAGCGGAAUCGGCAUUGA